CUUUGUUACUAAUCACGAUUUAAUUAAACAAAUACAUUGUCUCACUCUCACCUAAUCAAAUCUUUUUUCCUCUCUCUCUCUCUCUCUUUCAUACAAUAUGGAGAAAAAUUCUUGGGCCGAUCAGUGGGACAACAACAAUCAAUCGUCGGGAAAAACAACGGACGGCGGCGGAGGUCCGUCGGGGAAAUACAAAGAGAAAGUGGGGGCUGGAUUAGAGAAGACUAAAGCGGUUGCGAGUUCGGGGUUGAAGAAGGUUAAGAUAGGAACGUCUUUGGGUUUUAAUUGGGUUAAAGACAAGUAUACCAAAACCACCACUAAGAAUUGAUUCGUAUCUUUUUUUUUUUUGUAACAAUAAAAUAAUAUGUCUUGAUUCUUAUUUUCUUCUUAAUGAUCGGAGGUAUUUAAAGACUUAUGAAAAAAUUGAUUUGGAUUGGUGUGUUAUAUAUUUUAUGGUUCCGUGGAAAUGAGGUGAUCAAUUGUUUGAUUUGUGAAGAUUGGAGAAUUUUAUAUACCUUUUUUUUCUUGGGUA